UUGGUGUGUGUGCUUUGGGAGGAGCGCCGGACAGCGUCCGCCAAUCCCUUCGCUCAGAUUGAUUUAGAGCUGUCAUCAGCGCGGCUAAGAGCUGGAAAGGGUGGACGGGGACUAGGGCUGGAACUUUCCCAGACACCGCCGAAAAUACAGAAGUAACUUUAAAGGGUGCUGGAAGAAAAACUUCACUGUGACUGCCAUCCUUGAGGUUUCUUCACACUAUAUGAAGGGCGACUGUACAAUGCUCGGCAGUGUUCUGAGGCUGUAUAGUCGUCUCUGAAUGAAGAGUUUAAUACAACUGCAUAACGACUCUGGCUGUUGCGUGUGAACAAACAAACAUAUUGGGUUUUUUUUUUUUUUUCAAACCACUGCUGAAAAAAAAAAAAAAAAAAACCUUUCCUGCCUUAAUUGUGACCGGUGCGACUUUAAAAAACAAACAAACAUGACAAAUGAUCAAGAAAAGAAAAGGAGCAGCUCGGAGAGGAGGAAGGAGAAGUCCAGAGAUGCCGCUCGAUGUCGCAGAAGCAAGGAGACUGAGGUUUUCUAUGAGCUCUCCCACCAGCUCCCCCUGCCCCACAGCGUGAGCUCACACCUGGACAAGGCCUCCAUCAUGCGCCUGGCCAUCAGCUUCCUGAGAACUCGCAAGCUUGUGAACUCCACUUGGCCAGGCAAUGAAAGCAAGAGCGACAAGCAGAUGGACGGCCUGUACCUGAAGGCUCUGGAGGGAUUUAUUGCCGUGGUGACACAGGAUGGGGACAUGAUCUUCAUUUCUGAGAACAUCAACAAAAUCAUGGGCCUGACGCAGGUGGAGCUCACUGGCCACAGCAUCUUCGACUUCACCCAUCCAUGCGAUCACGAGGAAAUGAGAGAAAACCUGAGCUUGAGAAACGGCCUAGGCAAGAAGAUUAAAGACUUAAACACAGAGCGUGACUUCUUCAUGAGAAUGAAGUGCACCGUUACAAACAGAGGCCGGACUGUCAACCUAAAAUCAGCCAGCUGGAAGGUCCUGCACUGCACUGGACAAGUCAAAGUCUACAACAGCUGCCCUCCCCACACGCUGUGUGGGUUUAAAGAGCCCCCUCUGACCUGUGUGGUCAUGAUUUGUGAGCCCAUCCCUCACCCCUCCAACAUCGACAUGCCUCUGGACAGCAAGACGUUCUUGAGUCGCCACACCAUGGACUUGAAGUUCACCUACUGCGACGAGAGAAUCACAGAGCUGAUGGGGUACUGCCCCGAGGAGCUUUUGGGACGCUCUGUGUAUGAGUUCUACCAUGCACUGGACUCAGAUAGCAUGACCAAGAGCCACCAGAACUUGUGCACCAAGGGUCAGGCAGUGAGCAGUCAGUACCGGAUGCUUGCAAAGCACGGGGGGUACGUUUGGCUGGAGACCCAGGGCACUGUCAUCUACAACACCCGCAACUCCCAGCCGCAGUGCAUCGUGUGUGUUAACUUCGUGCUGAGCGACAUCGAGGAGAACUCUGUGAUCUUCUCCUUGGACCAGACCGAGUCGCUGCUCAAGCCACACGUCCUGAGCAUGAACAGCUUCUUCAACAGCGGGGUGCCAGCAUCCGACUCCAGCGAGCAGCUCUUCACCAGGCUGAAGGAGGAGCCCGAGGAGCUGGCACAGCUGGCACCCACGCCCGGCGACACCAUCGUCUCCCUGGACUUCGGAGGGCCUCCAUUUGAGGAAGCUCCCCUGUAUAAGGCCGUCAUGCCUCCCCCAAACAAGCCCUGGGCCGUGGAGGAGAGGAAUCCGUGCAGCCAGCCCGAAGGGAAGAGCCUGGCCGCCUUGUCUGUGCUGCAGGGCUCCCCGGCCAGGACCCCCCUGAGUGCCAGCAGCACCAGCAGCUGCUCUACGCCAAGCAGUCCUGGAGACUAUUACAGCUCAAUCGACAAUGAUCUCAAGGUUGAGCUGACUGAGAAGCUCUUUGCAAUGGAGACUGCAGCGAAGGCCCAGUGCACUACUGAGCUGGAGCUUAACGACCUGGACCUGGAGACCCUGGCUCCAUACAUUCCCAUGGAUGGAGAAGACUUCCAGCUGAACCCCAUAUACCAGGAGGAGCCACCCCUGUCUGAAUACAGUGCCAACAGCAGCUCCCACCACAGCUUCAGCACCCUCGCCAGCCUGUUCCAGCCACUAGCCUUGCCCCUGCACAGCCACGUGCAGUCUGAGAACUUCUGCACUCCCAUUCAGCUGUCUGCGGAGAAGAAGAACCCCAGCCCUGCUGCCCCAGGCCCCCACACACCCCUGCACUACACGGGCACCGCCUUGGUGCCCCCCUACCACACCCCCACCAACACUCCACUGUCUUCCAUGGCGGGCAGACAGAAUGUUCAGCGGCCAUCUGACCCUCUGUUUAAUUACCAACCCAACAAGUGGAGCAUGAUGGACCAGCUUCCAGGGUGCCAGUCCCAUUCGAUAUCUUUUUAUAAGCAAAGGUCCCGGGAUACCUUUUUCCAACAAGACAAAGAAGUGACACCAGCCAGGAAUGCUGUCGCCAGCCAUUACAAGCGCAAGAGACAGACGGAGUACAGAGAACAACCACUGUUUCAGCAGCUUCUCAUGGAGAACCCAUCCCAAAGCAAGCCCUCUGAGAUGAUGUGUAAAAGAAUGAAAGCCCUGAAAGCGGACAGCUGCUCCUUCAUGGAGAAGAAAUCACUCAGCAUGAGUGCUCUUCAAGACAAGUUCAACACUGGACAUGCACGUCUGGAACAGGCUAUCAAUCAGCUUCAGCAGGAGAAGCCACAGUGCUCUAGAAACGAUGAUGAAAAUCAAAGAGUGACAUUUUCACGACAGGUCUACGGCCUCAACUGUCAGGAGUUCAACAUGCUGCCUGCCCCAAAAAUGGAGGGAAUGGCAAGUCGCCUGCUGGGCCCAUCAUUUGAGACCUGUUCCCUGCCGGAAUUGACCAGAUAUGACUGUGAGGUUAAUGUUCCAGUCCUCAGCAACCUGAACCUGCUGCAAGGAGGAGACUUGCUGCGUGCACUCGACCAAGCCAGCUAAACCUCCCGCAAUAACUGCUAGCCUAUAGCAUACCAGCAGCUUGGUUUAUUAUUUUUAUUAUGUUAUAUAACUUUUUUUAAAUUUCUUUCUAAUAUUGAAAUAUAUAAAGACAUUUUACUUGCGUGUUCAAUGUGUCCACGUUUUACCGCCUAGUGGCCUCUUUUGGUGUUAAAAGAUAUUUUUAAAAAAAGCAUUCUAUAUUUGUUUGUACUACAACAUUUUCUCUAGUUUAGUAAAACUGUUUUUCUUCUCAGAUAA